AUGGUUAUUCUAGUGACUGGUGGAGCCGGAUUCCUCGGCAGCACCUUAGUGCAGUUACUGCUCGAUCAAGGCCACGAAGUCGUCGUUCUCGAUUCUUUAUGGACUUCAUCAGAUACCAACCUCGACAGAUUCCGAUCCAACAAAAGAUUACGAUACAUACAAGCCGACGUGCGCGACCCCAUACCCUGGAUCGACGGGGUCGAGCAAAUAUACCACCUUGCAUGUCCAGCGAGCCCUGUUCAUUUCGAAACCCAACCGAUCGAUAUACUACAAACAUGCUUUAACGGGGCAUCCAAUGUCCUAGACUACGCGGUCAAGCAAGGCGCGCGCGUUCUUCUCGCUAGUACAUCAGAGGUCUACGGCGAUGCUGAAAUACCGUGCCAGGAUGAAGGCUAUCGGGGCAAUGUCAAUUGUUUCGGCCCCCGAGCAUGCUACGACGAAGGUAAACGAGUCAUGGAGGCUCUAGGGUACUCGUACCAACUCGAACACGGUCUAGAAGUCCGCGUCGCCCGGAUAUUUAACGCCUACGGACCUUUCAUGCAAGCAGAAGAUGGUCGCGCCGUUCCUAAUUUUAUAACAGCUGCUCUAAAGCGGGAGCCGAUAGUCAUAUACGGCGAUGGACACGCAACGCGUUGUUUCCAAUUCUCACAAGACUGUGUUCGAGGUCUGGAGGCACUGAUGAACAGCGACCAGAAUGGACCGGUUAAUAUCGGUAGCGACUUGGAGAUGGAAAUCAGCGAGAUUGCAGAUAUAAUCUCGCGUGUCGUCGCGGCGAAAACGGGCUACGAUCAACCCGUGCCCGUUCGCUUGGAGCCGAAGAGAGAAGAUGAUCCUGUGAGGAGAAAACCAGACACGAGUCUUGCAGAGAGGGUUUUAGGGUGGAAGCCGAGAGUCCCGCUGGAAGAAGGCGUGUCUGUCACUGUUGAUUGGUUUAUCCAGAGGGAGAACGGCAUCGUUAGCAGACUGUGA